ACUCCGCAUCAUGAACUCCAAACCCCGCAUGCCCCGCCAUCUCGCGAUAUUGAGCCCCGGCUAUACAGAGCUGACGAUGCCGUUCACAUGACAGCUCGUUCUUGGGAGAAGGUUUAAAGGCUUCAAGUCGUCUGGUCCUAUAUCUCUCUCCUAAAAUUCUAUUUUUUUGCAAUAUCAAUUGUCGGAUUGAAGAACAAUAACACCUUGUCUAGUGAUAGUUUGCGAAGACGACAGAAACCCAGAAGAGAGGGCACCAGAGAGGAAACCCAAAAAGGGGCAACUGAGAAACCAGUUAAAACAAAACAGUCUCUUGAAACCCAAGCACAUAAUGGCGAAAAACAUCCUCAUCACUGGCGCGGGUGGCCUUGUCGGUCCCCUGAUCGCAGCCCGUCUAUUAAACGACCCAGAGUACAACGUGGUACUAACAGACCUGCUCGACCCAAUUGUACCCUCGGGCGUAAAAUACCCACAGAACGCGCGCUGUCUCAAGGGCGACAUAACAGACGCAUCUUUCAUCCAGACCCUCAUAUCCGCGGCCCAGCCACUGCACGCCGUCUUCCUCUUCCACGGGAUAAUGUCAGCUGGGUCAGAGGCUGACUUCGACCUCUCCCUCGCGGUGAACGUGAAAAGCGUGCAAAACCUGCUUCUUGCGCUGCGCGACUCGAACCCAGGGAUCCGCGUCAUCUACUCGUCGUCGCAGGCCGUCUACGGCCAGCCCCUUCCGGAAAAGGUCACAGACGACGUGACCCCGACGCCCGAGGGCACGUACGGCGCGCACAAGUUACUGACGGAGAUCUUCAUCAACGACAUGCACCGCAAGGGCUUCAUCGAUGCCUUCAUCCUGCGGUUCCCUACUGUUGCCGUGCGGCCAGGGCGCCCUACCAACGCGGCGUCCUCGUUUUUGUCGGGCAUGAUUCGUGAGCCGAUGAACGGCGAGGAAUGCGUCUUACCGCUGAAGGAUCGCAGCUUCCGCAGCUUCGUGUGCUCGCCGAGCAGUUUGCAGGAGAACUUGUAUCGCGUGCUGCACAUGGACUCGGAAAAGCUGCCCAAGCACAUCCGACAUAUCAAUAUCCCCGGCAUCUCCGUCUCAAUCCAGGAGCUCAUGGAUGCGCUGGCGAAGUACGGCGGCGAGGACAAGUUGAAGUUCUUGAAGGAGGAGACGAAGCCGGAGCUGGAGCGUAUUUUGCGAAGCUGGGCGUCAGACUUCGACACGUCUACGCCUAUCCGAUUGGGAUUGACGAAGGACGAGAGAGCGGACGAUAUCGUCAAGGAGUAUAUUGAUUCACUGAAGAAAUAAUUAUGUAGGAUAUGUGAAUACCACUUAUAAUCUGUACGUACGAGUGGCCGAACAUUUAGACAGCCUACGGCAGCCUUGCAAAAGACCUUCAUGGAGCUUCAUGAUACCUCGUAAGACAUGCAACCUUGUUUUAAAAAUUGAAAAUAUCUAGACUUCGUUGGCAAUGAGCCAUCUCCGGCCUUAGGAAAUCAACAGAAGUCGAAGCAAAGGCCGCACCAGUGUAUAUAGGAUUCAAUUCGGCCAACAGGGCCAUGAAGGAAAUUGGUACCCAAGGACCUCUGCAACCUCAAAAGAUUAUUAUAUUGUGAAUAGAUUCAAUUCCACGCCCAGUGAUUAGCACCUGUCAGUUAAUCUCGAUGAAUUAGUUACGUGAGGGCAUAGGUACUGAUGUAAGGCCGCUUUCUGAGCCCGGCACACUAUACACUUUUGAUCAUAAUCCAUUCAUAGACAUAAAGUGAUGCACGCUCGCUCAACAGAGGAAUAAUUAAAGUUAAUUUUAGACAGAGCCAGUGGGUGCACCGCUAGUCACUGCCAUUUUUGCGUAGAACAGCUCCGUCUCGGCACAGAUGACCAUGCCAUCAUCCCCGGCGAAGUUGAAGUUGGCCGAUGUUUGGCCCAGGAAUAUCUUGCCGAUCAAGGUUCCAGCGGUAUUGUAGACGUGAACACCAUCACCAACGCCAGCAUACAGACGGCCUUUCGUGUCAAUGUGAAUGCCUAAA